CGUCUCCAGUCGAUAGGAAUAGAAUGAGUUUACACGACGCGUUUCGCCGCCUAAAAAUAAUACGAUCAAUUUAAUUUUAUACGAAAACUGCAAUUAUUUACUCGCAAAUAUUACUUUUGUAACCUAAAUCCCUGUGAAGUAUAAAACAUGGCACUAAAUAGUUAUAUUAACAGUGUUAUUUGAGCAAUUUUAGCUCUUGUGUCGUCUAUUAUUGAUUAUUUCAGUAUUUUGAGUCCGCAGGAUUGGAACUAUUAUUUGAAGAUGUUGAAGUAUUCAGCUAACCGUUACUACAGCUGUCUGGCAGCCAUCUUUGUUGUCAUAAGCUGGUCGGCUACCGUGCAAGCCAUAGACUGCUUCAAAUGCGUGUCCAUGAACGGUCGGUUUCCUGCGUGCGAUGACCCUUUCCACAACAACCAUAGUCUUCAGAUGCUGGAGUCUCCCUGCAUGGGCGGCAGAAAGGGGAGAGACGGACUGUUUCCUGCCACUUCAUGCAUCAAGAUCGCAGGGGUUUUUGAUGACACAGGAGAGACGAUAACGGUCCGAGGCUGUGGUCUGGACUCCGGUACAGCGACCACAGAUACGGAGAUUAUCAGAAUGUCGCACUGCGGCAGAUUCUAUUAUGACGAGAGAUAUGUUCACGGUUGCCUGCAGAGCUGCAACGAUGCUGAUGCUUGCAACAAUUCCCACAAACUACAAAAUAACCUCCCAGCCUUACUUCUAAUGACCGCAUUCAUUAUAUACACCAGCUAACAGAUAUAAACAAAUAAUGUACCUUAUGUAAUAUAUCCUAACAUAUAAAACGCUAUGUAGUUUAUAGUUUAUACAUAUGUAUGUAUGUUGACGGUGUUCCACAUUGGGCACCUGUUUAAAUGGCACCUAAGCUAAUGGCACCGACCCGUGCGUGCGGCGCGUCGCGUUCCGCGCGCGCCUCAAAGAGCCAUCAGACCACCACAGAUGGGACCCAGUAGGGCUGAUGCCUGAUCCGGAGCUGCGGACUACCUAGCGAGUUUACCGGGGUUCCGGCUCGAAAAGCAGGAGUAGGAACGGGGUGGUUUUUACUCAGUAAGAGUCUGACACUCCCUCCCGCCUCACCCAAGGCGGGAGAAGUCAUUGGAUGAUUUUCCACCAUCAAAAAAAAAAGCUAAUGGCACCGGCGAUGUUCCACUUACUGCACCCAUAGGUAUUUUUCGUGGGUGCCAUUUGUGGAAUAAUUUUUAAUAUUAUUC